AUGUUUAUUUUUGUUUAGCCCACCACCGUCGACGGUACGUCUCCGCCGGUCGCCAGCAGCCACCGAAGGAAAUAGCUACGUGUAUGUGUUAAAUGGAAGGGCUGGUCCUUAUGCCGUAAUCCAGUGACUUUGGAUUCUCCGCGUGAUAUCACUACGAGUAACCGAAAAAAAAAGUAAAUUAAACGAUUAAGGAGUAGACGGAGGUGAUCUGCUUACGCGGAAGCAGGAAGCCAAAAAUAACGCAUCGAUGACCUUGUUGGUAUUCUUGAUUGCAGCUGCCCACUGUGUCUACACGCCAUUCACAAAGGUGGAGGAGAGUUUCAAUCUUCAGGCGAUUCAUGACUUGCUUUACCAUCGACUGAAUGUAUCCCAGUAUGACCAUCUCGAAUUUCCCGGUGUGGUUCCAAGGAGCUUCCUGGGUCCGUUGUUUAUCACAUUUCUCGUAACACCAGUCGCCACCGCGCUCGAAUUUUUCGACAUAAACAAAUUCUGGAUGCAAUAUGUCGUUCGCUUCGCUCUGGCAGCGACGGUGGUGUUCGCGUGGAACAACCUUCGUGUCACCAUUCAUAAACGUCUCGGUGUUUCCGUUUCGCUGUGGUACAUUUUCAUCACCAUCACGCAGUUUCACUUUAUGUUCUACAUGAGCCGUCCGCUGCCAAACAUCAUGGCCCUGCCGCUGGUGCUACUGGCAGUGAACUAUUGGUUGACGCGAAGUAUCAAGCUAUUUAUUGUUUGCUCCGGAGGGGCCAUCAUUAUUUUCCGAGCAGAGUUGGCCAUGCUUUUGGGCUUGUAUCUCUUGUACGACUUGUACUACAAACGAGUACAUUUGGAUGUAGUGCUGAAAGCUGUGAUCCCAGCAGGCAUCCUUCUGGUCGUUCUGACGGUGGCGGUUGACAGUUUCUUCUGGCGACGCCUGCUGUGGCCCGAAGCAGAAGUCUUCUGGUUCAACACCAUCCUGAACAAGAGCUCCGAGUGGGGUACCUCGCCGUUCCUGUGGUACAUCUAUUCAGCGCUGCCACGUGCCAUGGGACUGUCGUUUCUGUUCGUCCCCUUCGGAUUGGUCCUGGAGACCCGCAUCCGAUCGCUAGUCAUUCCCGCGGUGGUCUUUGUGCUGCUCUUUUCCAUGCUGCCGCACAAAGAACUGCGGUUCAUCAUCUAUGUGUUUCCGUUGUUUAAUGUGGCCGCUGCUUGUGCCUGCAGUAGGAUAUGGAUCAACCGAAAAAAGACAAUUUUGUACAAGUUCCUAUCGUUCUUGGCCAUUGGGCACCUGGUUGGCAAUGCGUUUCUGACGAUGUUUCUGCUGCUGGUGGCGGGAACCAAUUAUCCCGGAGGAAUUGCUAUCUCAAGAUUCCAUCGAUUGGCAACCAGUGAAACGAAUGUCACCGUCCACAUUGACAACCUGGCCGCUCAGAGCGGUGUCUCUCGCUUCUCGCAAAUCAAUCCGGAUUGGAUUUACAGCAAAGAGGAGAACCUGUUCCCGGGCGAGGAGCGCCUGCACCAGUUUGACUACCUGCUGACCGAGGCCCGGGACAAGUACUCCGACGAGAUGCGCCUGCUAGGGCAGACACACGAGAUUAUCGAAUUCGUCGAGUGCUUCAACAGCAUCGGACUGCAGUAUAAAUCGCUGCUGCCGGUUAAGAUCAAAACCAAACCGUGCGUUUUCAUCAUGAAGCGACGGGACGGAGUCGAUCGGAAUCGGAUUCGGUUGAACUUUGACGAUGUAGUGGAAACGAACACCCUCGGUGGCAGUGGGUCCCUGAGUGAUCCGGAGUUUCCGACGUUCGAAUUUAUCGAAAGGGAGGACGAGGAGGAAGGGCAGGUGGAAUUUGAAUCUGAAGUUGAAGUGGAGGAGUUGAAAGAGGAGCAGGAGGAGGAGGAAGAGGAAGAGGCUCCAAAGAUUCCCAAACCGAAGAAGAAUCGCAACCGGAACAGAGAGUCUACGGUGAAGCCACCGCAACUGGUGGUGCAGCGGAAGUCUUCGUCCAAGAGUAGGAUGAAAAUCAAGGAAAUCCUGGAGGAGAAUGCCCACCUGCUGAAGGAUGACGACGAGGGGGAAACGCAGGAGCAGAAGCGAGCCAAGGUGGCUUCCUACCUGCAGAAGGCGUCCUCGUCUUCGAAGCUGAAGUCGGCACAGAAGAUCAUCAAGGAGGAGAAACUGAAACAAUUGGCUAGUGAGCUGGGCAAGAUAGACUUUAGUAGGCUGUGCAAUUUGGAUCGAAUGUCGACGAUGGAGUGCCUGAAGAAAAUCAUCGACGAACAGUACGGAGCGGAGGAGGAGGGUGAGAACGAGCAGGUUGUAUAAUGAGAGGUGAGUUGAGUAAUUCGAUUCGUUUGGUAGGUUUGAUCAAGUCCCCCGAGAAAUAGCUUUAUAAAAACGAAGUGAGAAUAGAUAGGAUGCCAAAUUGACAUUUUUGUGCGAAAUCGAA